AUGUACUUCGAUGGCUCCAGUACCGAGACUAGAUCUGGGGCCGGGGUCGUGAUCGAGUCCCCCCAAGGACAAAGGUGGCAAUUUGCGUUCCAGCUUGAUUUCAAAUGCAUCAUCGGUUUUGAAAUUAUAAAAGAAAUGAAGGCGACCCGUGUCCUGGUCUACGGUGAUUCUCAGCUGGUAAUUAACCAACUGACCGGGGAAUACCAGUGCACGAGCGAGAAUUUAACCAUGUAUUAUGUAACGGCUCUCAAUACGGCCGACGAAUUUUCUAAGAUCUCCUUCAUCCACGUGUCGCAAGCCGAAAACCAUGAGGCCAAUGAGAUGGCCCAGGUAGCGUCAGGUGUGAACAUUUCGGACAGCGACCACGAUCGCUUGAUAAGAAUCGAGAAGCGUACCCUGCCAGCUUUGGCCGAGCGAGGAAUGACGAUGCAAGUAUCAUCGGCCGAAAUUACCGACGAGGUCGAAGUGGCCGAAACCGACUGGCGGUACCCCAUAGUAAGGUAUCUGCGUGAGCCCUCCGGCAACCAUGAAAGGACUACUCGUUUCCGAGCUCGGUGUUAUUUGAUUUAUCAGAACGAGCUGUAUUGA